AUGGAGUUUAAAUAUAUAUUGAUAGUAAUAGUUUUAGUUUAUUUACCAGUACUAAUUACAGGUCAAUAUACUUUAAGAGGAGUUCCUGAAAGUUAUGCAGUGUUAGGUGAAAAGUAUACAUUACAAUGUGAUGUUACAGAUUCACCUAUUGCUGUUGAGUGCCGUAAAAACGAUGUUUUUUUAUGUAGUAUAUUAUCUUCAACUUGUGAAAGUCAAUCAACAGAUAAUAGAUAUAAAUGUGGAUGUAUCAAUAAUAACAACAAAACACUAUAUCUCAAUAUAAGUAAUAUAAAUAAACAGGAUGAUACAACAUGGUCUUGUAGAGGUAAUUCUGGUGGACAAGGGUCAACUACUGUAACAGUUUAUUAUGGUCCAGCGAAAAUAAGAUUUAACCCUACUAGUGAUAACAUAGAUGUUAUAGAAGGAAAGACUCAGAGUGUCAACUGUUUAGCUGAUUGUAAACCAGAUUGUAACAUCACCUGGUCUAAAGAUGGACAAUAUACUAUAAGAGGAGUUCCUGAAAGUUAUGCAGUGUUAGGUGAAAAUUAUACAUUACAAUGUGAUGUUACAGAUUCACCUAAUUUUGUACAGUUCCGAAUAAACAAUGUUGCUGUAUGUAGUAUAUUAUCUUCAACUUGUGAAAGUCAAUCAACAGAUAAUAGAUAUAAAUGUGGAUAUGGUCCAGAGAAUAUAAUAUUUAACCCUACUAGUGAUAAUAUAGAUGUUAUAGAAGGAAAGAGUCAGAGUGUCAACUGUUUAGCUGAUUGUAAACCAGAUUGUAACAUCACCUGGUCUAAAGAUGGUUCAACAACAAUUCUAAAUAACCCUUUAUCACUUAGUACUAGAUAUCAAACUGGUUCUUAUAACUGUACAGUUAGACAUACUGUAUUAAAUAAACAACUUACAAAACAACUUAAUGUUCAGAUUUAUUAUGGUCCAGAUGAACUUACUUUCUCACCAGAUGUAACAAGUAUCAAAAUAAUAGAAGAUGGUCCAGAUAAACUUACUUUCUCACCAGAUGUAACAAGUAUCAAUAUAAUAGAAGGUAGAGAUCAAACUAUAACAUGUUUAACUGAUUGUUAUCAGUGUAAUUAUAAAUGGACUGGACCUGUUUCAUCACCAACUAAAGAUCUUGUAUUGACUCAAAUAAAAAGAAAUCAGGAAGGAAACUAUAGAUGUGAAGCUACCAAUAUUAAAAAUACCAACCCUAAAACAAGAUCUAAAUCUAUACAAGUUAAUGUACAUUAUCCACCUGAUAUAACCAGUGUAACAUCUGAUGCUGUAAAUAACGAAACUGAUGAAGGUUCUGAUAUCACAUUAAACUGUAAUGUUGAUAGUAAACCAGUAUCUACUGUAACCUGGUCAUCUUCUACUAGUACUGAUACUAACACUGGUCAACAGUGGACAUUAACACAAGCAAAAUGUCAGGAUACAGGAAUCUAUACAUGUACAGCUAAUAAUGGUAUUGGUCAAUCAACUACUAAAUCCUUACCAUUAAAUAUUAGAUGUAAGUUUAUGUUAAGUCAGUAUACUAUAAUCUAUACAUGUACAACUAAUAAUGGUAUUGGUCAGUCAACUACUAAAUCUUUACCAUUAAAUAUUAGAUGUCCACCAAUACUUAAAGAAGAACUGAAGAAAGAAAAAAGAGGAAAAAUUGGAGAAAUGGUAUUAUUAGAAAUAAAUAUAGAAGCUUAUCCUGAACCAAGUUUUAUAUGGAAACAGUUGAUGUCUGAUGUAGAAUAUCCCUUUGUUAAAACAGAGAAAGUUUCUGAAAAUAAUUUUAUAUCCACAUUAGAAUUGAUAUUAGAUCAAUCAUCGUUUGGUUAUUAUAUAAUUACUGUACAAAAUAUUAUUAAUGGUGAAACUAAAGCAAAAACCUGGGGAAUAAAAAUCAUUGAACUCGGUAAUUUUAUUUGUAUAAUUUGA